AUGGCAGAGGAUAAACAGAAAAUAAAACAUGCGUUAAAGAAAUUUCAAAAUCUAAAAGAACAGCAACGUGACCUCGAGAUAGUAUUGGAGGCGAAACAGAAUGAACGUAUAAUGUUGCAGGCUGAGUAUGAUAGGCAGAUAACUACAUUGAGAAUUGUCGGAGCCUUGGCAGAUAAUACUGAAGAAAUUGACCCCAAUGCACCUUUAUAUGAAGAAUUGCGCACAAUGAUCGACAAAAUGGAAAUAAUGCGCCGUGUGUUGUUAAAGCUUUUAAUGGUCAGAUCUGCAAGCCACGACUGGCUGGCUGAUCCUCAUCAAAGAUAUGCCGCUUUGAAGCUAGCAAGAGAAGCCAACACGGUGGAUGAAUACAUAAGGGAUCAUAAUUCAGACCUUGAUGAUUGA